UUUUACAAGACGAGCAAUUUAGCCUAGCAAUACAAAACCAUGAAGCUUGCUGUUGCUUUAUUACUUUUGACAACACUUCUUGUUCUUUUCUCAGGGUAUGUCAAAGCUGCUGAUGGAUCUGAGGAGGCCAGAGAGCCAAAGUGUGAAUCAUAUGAGUCAAAGAGAUGUCCAAGGAUUUAUUCUCCAGUAUGUGGAAAUGAUGGGAUUUCAUAUGACAAUGAAUGCAAGCUCUGUGUUGAAAAUAUGGAGAAAAAACGUCAUGUUCGUAUCAUCAAGGAUGGAAAAUGUUAAAGAUUUUGGUGCAAAAUUUUAGAGUUGACUUACAAAGUUCAAAUCAGAUGCACAUCAGUAUAAUGAAAUACAAAUGAAAAAUAUAA